AAAAGCGCGGCCAACUUCCGAGGCGGCCCCACUGCGCCGCGCCCGGCCCCUGACAGGUCUCUCCUUCUUGCCCCAAGCCCCCUCGUGCCCGGACCGCCCCGCUCGCUCGCUGGGACCGCUCCAUACUGAUACUAUGGACACGCGGUGGUGGCACGCAGCCUGGGGACUCUGCCUGGUCCAGCUGAGCCUGGCGCAGAUCGACUUGAACGUCACCUGCCGUUACGCCGGGGUGUUCCACGUGGAGAAGAAUGGCCGCUACAGCAUUUCCCGGACGGAGGCCCCCGACCUCUGCAGGGCUUUCAACAGCACCCUGCCCACCAUGGACCAGAUGAAGGUGGCCCUGACCGUGGGCUUUGAGACCUGCAGGUACGGCUUUAUAGAAGGGCAUGUGGUCAUUCCCCGGAUCCACCCCAACGCCAUCUGUGCAGCCAACAACACCGGCGUGUAUAUUCUCACGUCCAACACCUCCCAGUACGACACCUACUGCUUCAACGCCUCAGCUCCCCCUGACGCGGAAGACUGCACGUCGGUCACAGACCUGCCCAACUCCUUCGAGGGACCGGUCACCAUAACGAUCGUGAACCGCGACGGCACCCGCUACAGCAAGAAGGGAGAGUACAGGACCAACCCAGAGGACAUCAACCCCAGCACCCCGGCCGACGAGGACGUGAGCAGCGGCUCCCCCAGCGAGAGGAGCACCUCCGGGGGCCUCAUCUUCCACACACUCCUCCCCACCUCGCACCCGGCUCCGAACUUCAGCUCUGCCUGGGGCCCUGACCACACGGGGCACGCCCCCGCCACCAGUACAGAUCCAAAGGCCUCAGCAGGCCGGGAGCCGAGCGGGGACCACGAGGGAGAAGCAGACAGACCCAGCUUCUCCGGCUCGGGCACUGAGGACGACGAAGACUUUACCUCCAGCUCCAUUCCGACCACACCGCCCGUUUCUGACCCCCCGAGACAGAACCAGGAGUGGAGCCGAUGGAGCCCAAGCCAUCCCAACCUAGAAGAGCUGCCUCAGACAACCACACGGAUGCCGGAUGUGGAGCCUACCCCCACCACAGUGCCGCAGCCUCCCGCAGACCCACACACGGGUGUGGCGCAAGAUGUGGACGGGACGGGACCUGCUCCAGCGACGACGCAGCAGGGGCGUUCCCAGAGCUCCCGUGGAGUGUCACCCGCGGUCCUGGAAGAGGACACCAACCAGCCGCCAACUUCCGCUCCAGCGUCCAGCAAUCGCAGUGAUGGCAGAGGUGGAAGAAGAAGUGAGAGCCCCCCUGAGGACUCGACGUCUUCCCUGGAAGGUCAUGGUCCCUCUCACCCAACCACAAAAGGAAGCAGUUUCCUCCCCCCAGGGCCCUCUGCUCAGACAGAGCCCCCCGCAGUCACAGAAGUGACUCUCGGACAUUCCGACUCCAACGUCCAUCGCUUCCCAGGGCACGGAGACGCGUCCGCGGACCCCAGCAGGGGUGACCACACCACUCACGGAGCUGAAGCUGCCGGACACUCGAGCGGCAGUCAAGAUGCUGGGGCGACCACAGCCUCUGGUCCCAGGAGGAGGCCCCAAAUCCCAGAGUGGCUGAUCAUCCUGGCGUCCCUGCUGGCCCUGGCCCUGGUCCUGGCAGUUUGCAUCGCUGUCAACAGCCGUCGAAGGUGCGGGCAGAAGAAGAAGCUGGUGAUCAACAGUGGCAACGGCACAGUGGAGGGCAGGAAGCCGAGCGGGCUCAACGGGGAGGCCAAGUCGCAGGAGAUGGUGCACCUGGUGAACAAGGAGGCGGCGGAGGGCCCGGACCAGGCCAUGACGGCCGACGAGGCCCGGAACCUGCAGGACGUGGACAUGAAGAUCGGGGUGUGAGGCGCUGGGCGAGAAGGCCGCCGGCAGAGCAGGACACGUGCGAGGCGCUGCUGAGGGCUUCGCCGGGGUCGCUAGUAUAAAGCUCUACUCUGUUUUCCCUGUCCGGUUCUUUAAAGUGAGGUACAAUUUAUCGACACAGCAUUGCUUUCUGAAAGGGCCCAAUUCAUACUGGGCCAGAAGUCGGCCGCUCCAGUCCCACCGGGGGCCGUGCACCCCGGGCUCUAUGGGUGACUCCCGUCCCUUCACCACUCUGCCAGGAACUGUCACCAGCCAAGGACACCCCCGCGGUUAGGAAGGAUUUGUCCCUGGGAGGAGAUGCUGGCCACAGCCUGUCCCGACGCUCCGGCAGCCCGAGCCCGGGGCAUUUUCCUCCAGAGGGGCUGGGUGUACCUGGCCACACAUCCCUUCUGCAGUCCCUGGAGAUGUUCAGGUGCCCUGGGAGACGCCCGGAGGUGAAGCUAUUUAUCUGUAGUAAGCUAUUUAUGCGUGUUUUUGAGGCAGUGAACCCUGGAGGUCCUUCGAUCAGGAUGACUCUGAAUCUGUCAGAGGCAUAGAGCUUAGCCUGCUCUGUAAUAAACGUCCAUGCCACCUCCACCCUGA